GCAGAAAAUACCGAGGGGGUAUCUCUGCAGCUUGGCAACGCCCGAGACUUUAUUAUUUCUUUCGAUCUCAAAUUCGUAACGAACGGGAGCGUUUCCGUGGUUCUGGAGACGACGGAGAAGAACCAGCUCUUCACCGUGCACUACGUCUCCAACACCCAGCUCAUCGCUUUUAAGGACCGGGACAUCUACUACGGCAUCGGUCCCAGGACUAGCUGGAGCACCCUCACCAGAGACCUGGUGACCGACCUGCGGAAGGGCGUCGGCCUCUCCAACACGAAAGCCGUGAAGCAGACCAAAAUCAUGCCCAAGCGAGUGGUGAGGCUGGUGGCGAAGGGAAGAGGCUUCCUCGACAACGUCACCAUCUCGGCCACCGCUCACAUGGCGGCUUUCUUUGCCGCCAGCAACUGGUUGGUGAGGAACCAGGACGAGAGGGGCGGUUGGCCCAUCAUGGUGACGAGGAAGCUGGGGGAAGGCUUUAAGUCCUUGGACCCAGGCUGGUACUCGGCCAUGGCGCAAGGGCAGGCCAUCUCGACGCUGGUGCGGGCCUACCUGCUGACGAAGGACCACGCGUUCCUCAGCGCGGCCCUGCGGGCGACGGCGCCCUACAAGCUGCCGGCGGAGCAGCGCGGGGUGAAGGCCGUCUUCAUGAACCGGCACGACUGGUACGAGGAGUACCCGACCUCGCCCAGCUCCUUCGUGCUCAACGGUUUCAUGUACUCCUUGAUCGGGCUCUAUGACCUCAAGGAGACGGCCGGGGAGAAGCUGGGCAAGGAGGCGCGGGUCCUCUACGAGCGGGGCAUGGAGUCCCUGAAGGCCAUGCUCCCCCUCUACGACACCGGCUCAGGGACCAUCUACGACCUUCGGCACUUCAUGCUCGGCACUGCUCCCAACCUGGCCCGGUGGGACUAUCACACCACCCACAUCAACCAGCUCCAGCUCCUCAGCACCAUAGACGAGUCCCCCAUCUUCAAAGAGUUCGUCAAGAGGUGGAAGAGCUACCUGCGAGGCGGCCGGGCAAAGCACAACUAG